AUGUCUGUUUUGAAUCCUCGUGAAAAUCCUCACAACUGUCUUGAAUCAGAUGGCUAUGGUUCAUCUAAGUUCAUCUAUAAAGAUUUGUACGCAUUCCUGAGGGCUUCGGAGUCAUGGCAAUCGCCACUUUCUACAAUAGCUCUUUUGGACAUGAAUGCAUUCUUUGCUCAAGUAGAGCAAUUAAGAUUAGGACUAUCCAUUGAUGACCCAGUAGUUUGCGUUCAAUGGAAUAUGCUUAUAGCAGUUUCCUAUGCCGCCAGGAAGUACGGAAUUGGCAGAAUGGAUACCAUCAAGACCGCCAAAGAAAAGUGUCCACACGUUAUUCUCGCUCAUGCUGCAGUGUUUGUGAAGGGAGACCCCAUGUGGUCGUAUUUGGAUGAGCUCCCCAACCAAGGACUCUGCAAGGUCUCCUUGGAUCCAUAUAGAAGAGAAAGUAGAAAGAUCAUGAAGGUACUUAAACAAUCAUGUGAUCGAAUAGAAAAGGCGAGUGUGGAUGAAUGUUUCAUGGAUCUUGGUGAACAGAUAUAUAAUGAAUUAUUCCAGCUAUUUCCUACUUUAAAGAAGAAUCAAGAUCCUAAUACUUCUCUUCCUCCUGUACCUCGGAAACUACCUUCUUCUUUACAUUGGAAUGGGUUUGUUUAUAAGAAUGAGAAAGAGGAGUUAAAAGGUAAUCAAAAAAAUGAAUUUGACGAUACAUUUGAACCUUUCGCUACAGAUUGGGAUGAUGUUUGUUUCAUUAUCGGUUCCAACUUGUUAUACCGAUUGCGCCAAGAUGUUUACAACAACUUAGGGUACACAACUUCUGGAGGAAUUGCAAACAAUCGAGUGGUGGCCAAGUUAGCUGGUGGGUUCCGGAAACCUGACAAUCAAACAAUAGUACGAAAUUGUGCUUUAGAAGACUUUCUUAAGAAGUUUGAACUAACUGACAUGCAAGGAAUGGGAGGGAAAAUCGGGGAACAAAUUAUCACCAAACUUAAAAUACCAAAGGGUGAAAACUCAAAUGCAUACAUCAGAGACAAUUUCACGGUACAGACCUUGGAGGAAAAGUUGAAGGAGGAUAAGCAAUUAAUUCAAAAAUUAUAUAAUUUAGUACGAGGGGUUAAUCGACUGGAAUUGUCAUUUAGAAUUGAAAUUAAAUCAAUGAUGUCAAGAAAGAAUUUCCAAGUCAAGUAUCCAGUCCAAACUUUAGGAGAUGCAUUUGAUUGGAUUAAAGUAUUUGUUGGUGACAUAAUAAGCAGAAUAGUAGAGCUUGAUGACGAAAACAUGGAGCUAUCACCGACUACAGCUCUGCCAACAAAACGUCGAAAUGUUGUGCGACGUCCUAAGACCAUUUCAGUUCAUAUAAAUUUGAAUCGGAAAGAAACAAGUCGACAAUCAUCUGUUCCCCUCUACACAGAUUAUGAAAAGCUUUCAAAGUCUCUUGAAUCCAUAACUUAUAGAUUAUUGAAAGAAUUCUUUGACCAAACUACUAGUUUACACUUAAAAAAUGGAGGUAAGCAUUUGAAGGAUUUAGAUGAUGGAAAGAAAGACAUUAAAACCAUAUCUAUUCUUCCAAUUAAUGCGCUUUCAUUGGUGGCUACCAAUUUUACUAAGGUAAGUGAGACUUCUGUUUUCAAACCAGAACCAGGACAUUCGAACCUGGAAAACAUUAGAAAAUUGUUUGCUGAACUCGACCAAGAGAAGAGAAAUGAAAUCAAGUCUACAGAAGCGCCCCUGACAGUGACUCAGGAAUCGAGUGGAUCUACUCUGAAACGUGCUCAGACAUCGUUAAUAAGAGACCUUUUCACAAAGUUCAACAAAGAUCAACAACAGACAUCAACAAAAUCUUCUUUUAAAAAGGCACCCAAAUCUAAACUCCCAGUUUCAGACAGUAUACCAAAGAACGAGCCCAAUAAAUCUGAAAGUAUCAAAGACUUAUUUAUCAAGUUCAAUGAAUCUCAAAAACGGACAACAGAUUCUCUGAACACCAAAAAGAGAAAGUCUCCUUCUCCGAUACCAACUGCGGCGAAAAGAGAACAAAGAGUACUGGUUUUAGAUCAGUUACUAAAUGCUCGGAAUAGACUUAAAGUGCCUGUAACCACAAACCAGCCUGAAGGUAAAGCCGGAACUGAAAAUUAUUGCUCAAAAUGUGAGAAAGAGAUAGACGAUCCGAUGGAGCAUAGUGAUUAUCACUAUGCACUUGAGCUUUCAAAGGCCUACAAUGGUUAA